UUGUUAACACUUUUACAGAGCUCUUUUCAGAAUAAGCAGUUGCCUGUUUUUUAGGGCUUGCUAGGGUUGCAAUUUGUGUUAUCAUUCACCAUAGCCUAUGCGUGAGAAGUCCCGUAGGCAUUUUUACAAAUGAAAAAAAAACUGGUGUUGACAAGUAGGCUAAUUUUGCAUUUUGUCCUUCAUUUUCUUUGGAGAGGGGACCUGCUGUGCUGAGAUGGCUAUGGUAUGUCUCACAGACUUUGAGGAGUAUGCGAAGGAGCACCUCUCCAAGGCCACAUGGGACUACUACGCAGCCGGAGCAGACGAGUGCUGCACCAGGGAUGACAAUCUGCUGGCCUACAAACGGAUCCGUCUGCGACCACGGAUUCUACGGGACGUGUCAGUGUGUGACACCAGGACCACGGUGCAGGGCACAGAGAUCAGCUUCCCUGUGGGCAUCGCCCCCACUGCCUUCCACUGCCUGGCCUGGCAUGAGGGAGAGAUGGCCACCGCCAGGGCUACGGAGGCAGUGAACACAUGUUACAUCACCAGUACCUACUCCACCUGCUCUGUGGAGGAGAUCGCAGCUGCAGCGCCUAACGGCUACCGCUGGUUCCAGCUCUAUGUGUACCGGGACAGAAAGCUUUCUGAAUCAAUCAUUCACCGUGUGGAGGCCCUGGGCUACAAGGCCUUGGUCCUCACUGUCGACGUGCCCUACACCGGGAAGCGCCGCAACGAUAUACGCAACCAGUUCAAGCUCCCGCCACACCUCAAGGUCAAGAACUUUGACGGUGUCUUCCAGGAGGCUGCCGGUCCUGCGGGUGAGGAGUAUGGGGUCCCUGCCAACACCCUGGACCCCUCCAUCAGCUGGAAGGACGUGUACUGGCUGCAGUCUCUCACCCGCCUGCCCAUCAUCAUCAAAGGCAUCCUGACGAAGGAGGACGCUGAGCUGGCCGUGGAGCACGGCGUCCAGGGCAUCAUCGUGUCCAACCACGGAGGACGCCAGCUGGACGGAGGGCCCGCCACAAUAGAUGCCCUGUCUGAGAUUGUGGACACAGUGCAGGGGCGGAUCGAGGUAUAUCUGGACGGUGGUGUCCGCACUGGUAGUGACGUGCUGAAGGCUGUAGCUCUGGGAGCCAAGUGUGUGUUCAUCGGCAGGCCGGCCGUGUGGGGCCUCGCCUAUAAGGGUGAAGAGGGGUUGAAGGAGGUACUACAUAUCCUCAACGAUGAGUUCCGUCUGUCAAUGGCUCUGUCUGGGUGCAGGAACGUGGCUGAGAUCAACAGGAACCUCAUCCAGUUCUCCAAACUGUGACUUAACAGCAGGGGGCGCCAGAACCAGCUUGACGAAUAACGACGAAAGCAAUACAGCGCUAUCCAUUCAAUCAAUAGAACUUGGAAUUUGGGACAACAAAAGGAAACCUCAUGUGAAUCAUAAUGAACUGAAACUUAAUCUGACAUCAAUCAAAUAAAUCCUGAAAUCACAAUACAUUUUAAUAGUUUUAUCCGAUGUGGCUGCCUUAGUUCUUGUGAAAAAAUAACCAGAGAUAUUUAAAUAUAAGCAUCUUCCAUAUGAUAUAACCAACAAAAUAUGUUUUUCACUCAGCUAUUCCUAACUCUCAAUGGCUGCUGGCCCCCUGUCAACCCAUCUAUGAGUGAGAGCCGCCUGAUAUUGUGUCUCUGAUGAACAGGGGUGGCAGAGAAUAUGGUGACUAAAGUACAGUGCCUUCAGAAAAUAUUCAUACCCCUUGACUUAUUACACAUUUUGUUGCGUUACAUCCUGAAUUCAAAAUGGAAUAAAUAUAUUUUCUCUCACCCAUCCACACAAUAAUAACAAAGUGAAAUCAUGCCUUUAGAUUUCUUUUUGAAAAUGUAUUGAAAACUAAAUAAAGAAA